CACUCAGCACCACUGCCGCCGGACGAAUCAUCGACGCCGCCGCCGCCGCCACAAUCCGCGCUCCGUGUUCUUUCGGCAACGCUGUCGGCGCCAAUACGCACAUAGCGUCCACGGUCCACUCGACACUCACCGUUGUAACGCGGACUCAGUCGGUCGUUAUUUUCAACCGCCACUCGUAUAAUUCCAUACGAAAUCCCGCACGUACGCCGGCUACAGACAAACGACGAUUUAUAUCCUUUUUUUUCUGACAAAGAAAUCUCAACGAGGGUUUUUUUUCUCGUACACACUUUCGAAAUUUUAAAACAUUCGCAAAAGAAACGAUAAUAUGGCUGAAGAAAAUACACCGGUAGCGGCGGCAGCAGCAGCCGUAGGAGACCAGCCACAGGAGAAAUCGGCUACCGAGACCGUAGCUGAACAGCCAAAAGUCGAGGGCAACGGCAAAGCUGCGGCAGCCGCCGUAGAGGAACCACCAAAACCCGAGAUGAGAGCCGUCGUGCUCACCGGGUUCGGCGGUCUCAAGUCCGUCAAGAUCCUGAAGAAACCCGAACCGACCAUGGGCGAGGGUGAAGUCGUGAUCAGGGUAAAGGCGUGUGGUUUGAAUUUCCAAGAUUUAAUGGCCCGACAAGGCGUGAUCGAGUCUCUGCCUAAAGCUCCUUUCAUAUUGGGUUUCGAAUGUUCCGGCAUCAUCGAACAAGUCGGAGAAGGUGUUGAGAAGUUCAAGGUCGGCGAUCGCGUUGUAGCGCUCCCUGAGUGGCGCGCGUGGUCCGAGCUCGUAUCCGUGCCGGCCAAGAACGUGUUUGCCAUACCGGAUAACUUGAACUAUGUGGACGCCGCGGCCUUGGCCACCAACUACAUCGUUGCCUACGUGUUGCUGUUCGAGUUGGGCGCCGUCAAGCCCGGCAGCAGCCUGAUACUGCACUCGGCCGGUGGUGGCGUGGGUCAAGCAGUAGCCCAACUUUGCAAAACUGUAGAUGUCACUGUAUUUGGUGUAGCAUCAAAAACUAAACAUGAAGCUUUAAAAGGAACUAUUGAUCAUCUUUUGGAACGUGGUAGUGAUUAUGCUGCUGAAGUUAGAAAGGUUUCUCCAGAAGGAGUGGAUCUCUUUUUGGACUGUGUUUGUGGUGAAGAAUGUAGCCGUGGAUACUCUCUUUUGAAGCCUAUGGGAAAAUAUAUUUUGUUUGGUUCAUCCAACAUUGUCACAGGAGAAACAAAAAGCUUCUUUAGUGCUGCUAAAUCUUGGUGGCAAGUGGAUAAAAUUUCUCCAUUGAAAUUGUUUGAUGACAGUAAAACUCUUAUGGGAUUCAAUUUAAGACGAUUGUUGUUCCAUCAAAACCAAUCUGAAUAUGUGGCAAACAUAUUUGACAAAGUUAUUGGAUUAUGGAAAGAUGGAAAGGUUAAACCAGUUAUUGAUUCCACUUGGGCUUUUGAAGAUGUUGGUGAGGCUAUGCAAAAAAUGCAUGAUAGAAAAAAUAUUGGAAAAAUUGUUUUGGACCCAAGCUUGGAACCAAAACCAAAACCAGCAACACCAGUUAAAGGAAAAUCAAAGAAUGCUGAUAAAGAAAAGGAAAAGAAAGAAGAAGAUUCUUCUGCUAAUGGCACUACAACUCCUGAAGUUUCAAGUCCUACAACUAAAGAGAAGGAGAAGGAAAAGGAAUCAAGUUGAAUGCACGAGUGAAAACCUCAUUCUCAAAAAUUACUACCUACUUAUUUAAUAAUAAUAAUAAUAAAAUAAACUUCUCGUUAGCGCUUUUUUCCAGUCUUAUAUUACACUAAAUAAUGAAAUAUCAAUUUUAGCCUUUUUAGAAAUAUUUUAAAUAUUUGUUUCAAUCAUUUGAGUAUUGACAAACUUUUAUUUAUACUUGGUCAAAUAAUAUUAUAUAAUACUAUAUUAUUGUUUUGAUUAAUGAUAUAAAUUGUUUUACCUAAUCAACAAUUUAUUACACUAGGCCUAAUUUAUUACUAGUAAACAUGUACCAAAUAUUAUGUAUACUUAUGUGUUAAUUUUAUAUAAUUGUUUUGGUUCAUUUUGCUCGUACAUCUCUAUGCAUUUUCUAUUAUACUAUAAUUAUUAUUAUUAUUAUUAUUAUUAUUUUUAGCUUAAAUUUUAAGUUUUAUAUUAUACUAAAACAUGAAAUGAUUUAUUUUUCCAUUAUUUUUUUAUAUACAAUUUCUAAAUAAAUACAUGUGGAAGUUACAUAACAAUAUAUUUUUAAUUUAUACACACAUACUACAAAUGUAUUAAGAUUUAUGUAGAUUGAAUAAAUUCUGUUUAAACAAAAAAUAAUUAUAAAUGUGUGUGUGCAAUUGUGUAUAAUAUAUCUAUACACACACACACACACACACACACAUACAUACACACAUUAUAUAUUUAUUUAUUUAUAUGAGUAUUAUUAUUACUAUUAUUAUUAUUAUUAUUAUUAUUAUAUAUUAUUUAUUGUGCUGUUUAAAACUAUUAAAAAAAUAUAUAAGUAUAAUAUAUUUAUAUAUGUAUAUUCAAUAACUAAUAUAAGUGAUUAUUAAUCAAAAAAUAAAAGAUAAAAAUAAUUAAAGAUGUCUACAAUAAUAAUAUAAUAAAUUUAAGGAUCUUUAUGAUAAUAAUAAAUUAGAUGUGACUAUGCAAGCUUGUGAUCGAAUACAUACUACCCAUUUUAAAUUAUACACAACUACCACAUCUGUACUAUUCUGAUGACAAUUGUUGAUUUAAAAUUUAAUAUAAACUAUGAUUAUGCA